AUGCUGUCCUCAAAGUACUCAAAGAGAAUAGCAUGGAUGAAGACUACCAUUUGUGAUAGUCUUCAACUUAAGGAUAUGAUUGUCGAAGAAUCAUUUUAAUAUGAGAAGAAUAAAAAUUUGCUUGAGUAAUUCUUAAGCGGAGAAGGUUUAAAUAAGAUCUUCGCUUACUACCAAGUAUAAGAAUAAGCUUAAAACGAUGAUAUUAAAGAUACAGGUGCUCAAGAUCCAGUCUUGUUUUUCACUACCGGAGACCUUGAAAAGAUUCAAGAUAAAGCAGUUUGGUUCUUGCGUAUCACAAAUCCCGCUGAUGAUAAAAAGAAAGCAUCAUAAUAGGAUGGUAAUGACAAUGAUAUCAUUUUUGGUGAAAUCACUCCUAAUACAGUUCCUAUGUUAAAUGCUUUAAUGGAAAGUGUUUACUCUCGCUAAAUUGAUCAUAUUAUUACUGAAAAAAUCUAAUUUUGGGGAGUAGCUGAAGAAGAACAAGUUUUAGAAUUCUAACAACACUCUAAUAAAUUCUCCAGUGAAGUUAGAGAAGCUAUUAAUUUAAUGAGUCCUGGUACUGAGCACUUCAAAUUAGAUUAUGAAGCUAUCUCAGGAUUAAGUGAAUCUGAAAAAAUGCAACAUUAUGAAAUGAAGUUUAAUGAGUGGAUCAACCUCAUAAGCAGCUAGCUCAAUGAUGACUCAGAAGUUCGCAAAGAUGAAAAAGAUGCAGGCCCUGCUACUGAAUUAAUUUAUUGGAGAAGUAGAAUGCAAAAGAUCACAAAUUGGUCUGAAUAAUUAAAGAGCAAAGACUUCUAAAUUGUUAAAGCAAGCCUCUAACGUCAUAAAAAUCAUGAUAAUCAAAGACCACGUGGUGAUGAAUCACUCUCUAAACUAAUGAUGGAAUAUAAUCGUUUGGAUCUAUUGCUUACUGAUAAACUUAACGAAGCCAAAGAUAAUGUUAAAUAUUUAACUACUCUUGAAAAGUUUAUUGAGCCUCUCUAUAAUGGUACUCCUCAGCAAAUUAUUGAUACCUUGCCUGCCCUUAUGAAUGCAAUCAAGAUGAUACACACUAUAGCUAGAUUCUACAAUACUACUGAUAAAAUGACAGGACUAUUUAUCAAGAUCACUAACUAAAUGAUAAAGAAUUGCAAAGAUCGCAUUCUUAACAAAAAAGAUAAUGGUGAUAAUCCUUCCCUAUACAAAAUGAUUUGGGAAUAAGAUCCAGCUGAACUCAUUGAAGUUUUAGGAUCCUGCAUUAAACUUUAUUGUGAAUAUAAAAAAUGCUACAAUGAUACCAAAGAAAAAGUUGCUGAUAUGCCUAAGGGUAAGACUUUUGAUUUUUCUGAUGCUUAAAUUUUCGGAAAAUUUGAUACUUUUGUAAGAAGAUUAUAAAAAUUGAUUGAAAUCUUCUCUAACAUCCAACAAUUUAAUGCCCUUGCUAAACACAAUUUAGAAGGUAUGGAUGUCUUGACCAACAAGUUCAAAAAAAUUAUUGAUGACUUUAAAAAGAAAGGCCACAAUUUAUUAGAUACUGCUAACAAUAAAUUCGAUAGAGAUUGGGUUGAAUUUAAUGUUGAAAUUUCUCACUUAGACGGUGAAUUAUAAAACUUCAUUGAUAACAAUUUCAACCGUUUCAGAAACAUUGAAUAUUCUCUAAAAUUGCUCCAUAAGUUCCAAUCUACAAUCAAAAGAGAUUCUCUCAAGCACAAUUUAACUUCUCGUUACAAUGCUAUUUUGCACAAUUAUGCUACUGAGUUAGAUACUAUUUAACGUGUCUUCCAAGAUUAAAAAUCCAAUCCCCCUCUUGUUAGAAAUAUGCCACCUGAAGCUGGUAAAAUUAUUUGGGCUCGUCAUUUAUUCUAAAAGAUUACUGGACCUAUCAAUAUUUUCCCUGAAAAUGUUAUCAACUCAACUGAAAUCCGUCGUUAUUAUGGUUCCUACAACACUCUUGGUAAGUAGUUAACUAUUUAUGAAAUGUGGUUCUAUCAAGACUGGGUCAAUAAGAUUGAACAAUCUAAGGCUGCUCUUCAAGCUACUCUUAUUGUUCGUCACGACGAAAACAAGAAGCUUUAUGUUAAUUUUGACUUAGAAAUUAUGCAAUUAAUCCGUGAAGCUAAGUGCUUAGAUAGACAAGGCAUUGAAAUUCCUGAAAGUGCUCGUAUUAUUCUUUUGCAAGAAGAUAAAUUUAAGACUUACUAUAACGAACUUCUUUAUGCUCUUAAAGAAUAUGAGCGCAUUAACUCCAAAAUUAAACCUAUUUGUAAGAAUUUGCUUCUUCCUCAUAUUGAAGACUUAGAUCUUAAGCUUCGUCCUGGUAUGGUUACUUUAACUUGGACUUCUAUGAACAUAGAAAGCUAUUUGUACUAUGUUCACUAAGGUUUGAAGAAGCUAGAAUAACUAAUCAUUAACGUUAAUGAUAUUAUCGAAAAUCGUAUUGAAAAUAAUUUAAAGACUGUUUCUAAGGUUGUUCUUGUCCACCUUCCUCAAGAUACUAAACCUCUUUCAUUGGAUUCUUUCGUCCAACUUCAAGAAGAAUAUAUUAAUUCAAAGACCGAUUUCUUAACUUCUAAGAACGUUGAAGUUGAAAGAGCAGUUGAUGAUUUAUUAUAAACUAUUAUGCUCUAUCCUUUAGACCCUCAUGUUGAUCCUGUUCUCCCUGAAGAAACCAAACGUAUUAAGAGAUAUUAUUUCUGGUAUUUCUAUCAAGCUUUACUUAAUUCAACUUAAAAUUCCUUAAAUGCAAUGAAGUAUCGUGUUUGCGGUAAGAAGAUUCCUGGUGCUAACACUUUGUAAAACUUAAAACCUUUCUUCUAGGUAGAAGUUUAAUUAAAUGGAGAUAAAGUAACCCUUAACCCUUCUUUGCAAGAAAUUUAAAAAUCUAUUAACCGUGCUGCUACUGCUGUCCUUAGAUGCUCAAAGCACUUAUAUAAUUGGGACUAAUAGAAUAAGGAUUCUACUGAUAAGGCAACAUUUUACGAUAUGAUUGCUUGCGACAAAGAAAUUGUUAAAGUCAUUUUACUUUUGACUGGUUCUAUUUAGGGAACUAAAAACAAAGUCAAUGAAUUCUUAAGCGGAUUUACUAAAUUUGAAUGGUUAUGCAAGGAAUCCAUCCAAGAAUCUAUCAAGAAAUUCUCUAAGAAUGGACCUACACUUCAAAAUUAUGAAGACUAAUUAAAAAAAUUCUCUUAAAUAGAAGAAGAAAUUGAAAAAAUUGUGCCCACUUACAAAAUCGGAGCUAUGGAAUUGAUGACUCAUAAUAUUUGUACUUCAUUAUCUACUUGGGCCAAAGAAUGGAAGCUUUAGUACUCCUAAGAUUUACACAAGCGUGCUCGUUAACUCUUAGAUAGUCUUACUGAAUAAACUAAAAUGCUUUCUACCAAAUUAUCUAAGCCUGUCAAGGAUAUUGACUCCCUUGGUUAUGUAAUGGAGACCUUAGAAUAAAUUCGUAAAGAACAAGCAGAAAUUGACAUGAAGUUUAAUCCUGUCUAAGAAAUGUAUUCCCUCCUUGAUAACUAUUUACCAGGAGGUAUUACUGAUAAGGAUGAAAUGGAUGCUCGUUCUCUUUUACGUAGAAAUUGGGAUAUUCUUAUCUAAUAAGCUGAAAUUAAAGGUAAAGAAUAUCAACACAAGCAAGCAAUUUAUCUGAAGGAACUUAAGCAAUCAAUUAAAGACUUCACAAACUAAGUAAGCAUCUUUAGAAGAGAUUAUGAAAAGAAUGGUCCUAUGGUUGAAGGUAUCAGUCCUGCAGAAGCCAUGGAAAGACUCAGAAGAUUUGAAGAUGAAUAUGAUGUUAAGUACUAAAUGUACAAAAUCAAUGCUAGAGGUGAAAACUUAUUCGGUUUACAAAAUCAAAAAUAUCCCGAAUUAGAAAAGACUGAUGCUGAAAUCAAGAACUUAAACAAACUAUAUAAUUUAUAUGACUCAGUAAUUAAGAAUAUCUAAUAAUUCAAAGAAAAAUCUUGGUAAGAUGUUAGUAAAGAUGAUUUGGCAAAGAUGGAAGAAGAUGCAGGUAAAUAUGGUGAAUAGUGCAGUAGAUUACCAAAAGACUUAAAAGAAUGGUAAGCUUAUCGUGAUCUUAAAAACUAUAUCGAUUCUCUAAGAGAAUAAUUACCUUUGAUUAUAAGUUUGAAGAAACCAUCUAUCAUGCCUCGUCACUGGGAAAAAAUUAAAGAAAUUACUAACACAAAGCUUAACUAUGAAAACCCUGAUCAAUUCUACAUUGAAGAAAUUAUGGGAGCCAAAUUACUUGAUUUCAGAGAAGAUAUCGAAGAUAUCACUGAAUCUGCUGAUAAAUAAUUAAAGAUCCGUACUGGUUUAGAUGAAAUUAAUCUUUACUGGAAUGAUAUGUAAUUCUAGUUUGGUAUUUGGGGUAAGAGAGAUGUUCCUUGUAUGCUUAAUGGUCUCAUUGUUGGUACCAUUCUUGAAAGACUUGAAGAAGAUUAACUUUAAUUAUCUACUUUCAACUCCUAAAGACAUGUUACUCCCUUCAAAGCAGAAGUUGAAAAUUUGAUCCGUACCUUCUCUGACGUUAAUGAUACUCUUGAUAUGUGGGUUAAAGUACAAAAGUUGUGGACUUCACUUGAACCAGUUUUUACUGGUGGUGAUAUUGCCCGUUAAAUGCCUUUACAAGCAAAGUAAUUCCAAGGUAUUGAUAAAAAUUGGAUGAAAAUUAUGGAAAAAGCUGUUGAAACAAAGAAAGUUAUACCUUGUUGUCAAAAUGACAUGCUCAAGGAUUUCUUGCCGGAUCUUAAUAGAAAGUUAGAAGACUGUUAAAAAAUGUUAGAAGCUUAUUUAGAAGGUAAAAGAAAGAAAUUCCCUAGAUUCUACUUUGUUUCUAACCCUACUUUAUUAAAGAUUCUUUCACAAGGUUCUGAACCUACUUCUAUCUAAGAAGAUUUUGAAAAGCUUUUUGAUGCUAUCACAAAAGUUACCUUUGAAAGUGCCAAAGACAAGAAAAAUCCUGCUCUUAAGCAAAUUACUUAAAUCCAAUAAGUUAUUGGCCGUAAUGAAGAAAAUAUUUCUCUUACUGGUUACUAUGUUAAGUGUGAAGGAAAUAUCGAAGACUGGCUAAAGAAGCUUGAAUAAAAUAUGUAGCAGACUUUGAAGGAUAUUGCAAGUGCUGCUGCAUAACAAGUUUUCUAAGUUGGUUUGAAAGAGUUCGUUAGCUCUUAAGCCUCUUAAAUCGCUCUUCUUGGUCUUUAAAUACUUUGGACAUCAAAAGUUAAUGAAGGUUUAGAAAGACUUUCCCGUAACGAACGUAAUGCUAUGGAUAUUAAGAGAAAUGAAAUCAAAGAGCACAUGAAUAUUUUGUCAAGUAUGUGUCUUGAAGAUCUUAAUGGUGCUGUCGAAAGAACUAAAGUUGAAACUUUGGUCACAAUUUAAGUCCAUUAAAAAGAUAUUUCUAUGGACUUGAAAUGUAAAGAUGUCAAUGAUUUUGAAUGGCAAAAGCAAACAAGAAUUGCUUGGAAAACUGAUAUUGAUGAAUGUAUUAUUUCUAUCACUGAUUGGGAUUCUCCUUACUCAUACGAAUUCUUGGGUGCUAAAGAGCGUUUAUGUAUUACUCCUCUUACUGAUAGAUGUUACAUUACAUUGGCUCAAGCUAUGUCUAUGUACUAUGGUGGUGCUCCUGCUGGUCCUGCCGGUACUGGUAAAACUGAAACUGUCAAGGAUCUUGGUAGAACUUUGGGUGUCUUUGUCGUUGUCACUAAUUGUUCAGAUUAACACAGAUAUCGUGAUAUGGCUAAAAUUUUCAAAGGUUUGGUUUAGAGUGGUCUUUGGGGUUGUUUCGAUGAAUUCAAUCGUAUUGAUUUGGAAGUCUUAUCUGUCGUAGCAAUGCAAGUUGAAUCAAUUACAACUGCCAGAAAGUAACACAUGAAGAAAUUCAUGUUCCCUGAAGAAGAAAUUGAAAUUGAACUCAUUCCAACUGUCUCUUACUUCAUUACAAUGAAUCCAGGUUAUGCUGGUCGUUAAGAAUUGCCUGAAAAUUUGAAAGUUCUCUUCAGAGGUGUAUCUAUGAUGGUUCCCGAUAGAGAAAUUAUUAUUAAGGUCAAGCUUGCUUCAGUAGGUUAUCUUUAGAUUGACUUGUUGGCAAAGAAAUUCAAUGUCCUUUACAGAUUGUGUGAAGAAUAGCUUUCCAAGUAGCGUCACUACGAUUUUGGUUUACGUAAUAUCCUUUCAGUACUUAGAACAGCUGGUAACACCAAGCGUUAAGAAAUUAAGUCAGAUGAAGAAAUGUUACUGAUGAGAUCAUUAAGAGAUAUGAAUCUUUCAAAGUUAGUUGCUGAUGAUAUUCCUCUAUUUAAUGGUUUAUUAGCUGAUAUUUUCCCUAAAUUAAAGGAAGUACCUAAGAAACUUUAUCCUGAUGUUGAAAAGAAGAUCCCUGAAGAAAUAAAUGCUGAAAGUUACUUGAUUAACACACCUUCUUUCUAAUUAAAGAUUAUUCAACUUUAUGAAACCUGCUUGGUGCGUCACGGUUUUAUGCUUGUCGGACCUACUGGUUCUGGUAAAUCAACUAUUAUGAAAAUAUUGACUGAAGUAUUGACUAAGUUAGGUAGUCCUCAUAAAAUUGUUAUAAUGAAUCCUAAGGCCAUCACUGCAGAAUAGAUGUAUGGUGUCAAAUCAGAAAUUUCUGAUGAUUGGAUUCCUGGUGUUUUCUCUACAAUUUGGGCUAAGUCUAAUAAUCGUGCAUUAAAGCAUACAACUUGGAUUACCUGUGAUGGUCCAGUCGAUGCUAUUUGGAUUGAAAAUUUAAAUACAGUACUUGAUGAUAACAAAAUUCUCACAUUAGCCAAUGGUGAAAGAAUUGCUAUGACUGAAAAUUGUAAAGUCGUUUUCGAAGUAGAAAACUUAAACAAUGCUUCUCCUGCUACUGUAUCUCGUUGUGGUUAAGUUUACGUUUCACCUACAGAUUUAGGCUAUGAAGCUGUUAUUGAAGGUUGGAUUCGUAACAGAAAAGCAAGUGGUAGAGCUGAAGAAUCUGAUAAGCUUGGAAACAUUUUGCGUAAAUAUUUAAUCAAUAUGAGAUUUAUUGAAUUACAAAGCAAGGAAUGCAAAGAGCCUAUGAUGGAUACUUCUCCAGUUAUUUCAGUUAUUAACAUUCUUAACUUACUAACAGGUUGCUUAUAAUAUUUCGUUCAAACAUAACGUACUCUUUCUGAAUAAGAAUACGAAAAGUUUAUUGUAUACUCAAUGGCAUGGGCUAUUGGUGGUAUUUAUGAAGCUUAAGAUAGAGUUCGUUUCCAUGAAUUGCUUCUUGCUAAGAAUGCUCCAAUCCCAUAAAAAGGUAAGGAAAAUGAAACAGUUUUUGACUAUUAUGUUUCUUAGGAUUACCUUGACUGGAAGAUUUGUAGUCCUGAAGAAUGGGUUCCACCCCAAUCUUUGUAAUUCUCUCAACUUUUGUUGCCCACUCUUGAUUCUUUCCGUGCUGAAAUGUUAUUAAAUUUCAUUUUAACCUAACCUAAGAGUCAUACUUGCUCUAAUUCAGCUCUCUUAAUUGGUGGUUCUGGUACUGCUAAGACUUCUUCAGUUCUUCUUUAUUGCAACAAGUUUGAUCCUCAAAAGAUGCUUUUCAAGCGUACUAACUUCUCAUCUGCAACCAGUCCAUUUAUGUUCUAAUCAACCAUUGAAGCUGAAUGUGAUUUCAAGGUUGGUAAAGAAUUUGCUCCUCCUGGAAACAAAAUGAUGACUAUUUUCAUUGAUGAUAUGAGUAUGCCCUUCGUAAAUAAAUGGGGUGAUUAAAUUACUUUAGAACUUGUCCGUCAACUUAUAGAAACUGGUGGUUUCUAUAUGUUAGAUAAAACUCAAAGAGGUAACUAACGUAAAAUGAAGAACUUGCAAUAUAUUGGUGCCAUGAAUCAUCCUGGUGGUGGUCGUAACGAUAUUCCCAAUCGUCUCAAACGUUAAUUCUUUAUUUUUAAUAUGAUUUUACCUCUUUCUAUCGAAGGUAUUUAUGGUCCUAUUAUUAAGCACAUGUUCAAGCAAAAAUAUUUCUCAGAUUCUACAUACAAAGUUAUUGAAUCCUUAACAAGUGCUACCAUUGCUCUCUGGAAUAAAGUAAAGAGCACAAUGCUUCCUACUCCUGCUAAAUUCCACUACGUAUUUAACAUGAGAGAAUUGUCUCGUAUCUUUAAGGGUAUUUUGACAUGUAAGAAGGAUACUAUUAAUGAUGCCCCUAAAUCAAUGAAGAUUAAACCUGAACUCUUCCUUGUUGGAUUAUGGCGUCAUGAAGCUGAACGUGUCUUGGCUGAUAAGUUAGUCAACAAUAAAGAUAAAGACACUGUUAUGGGAUACAUUUAAGAAGUAUCUUUAGAAUCCUUCUCAUAAAUCGAAAAUGAAAUUCUUGAAAAGUAUUCUUCUGAAAAAACUUUCUUAUUCUGUGAUUUCCUCCGUCCUGAUGUUAUCAAUGAAGAUGGUAUUAUUGAAGAAGAAGCUCCUAAAAUUUAUGAAGCUAUAGACAGUCUUACUGAAUUAAGAAAGCGUUGCAAUUUCUUACUUAGCUUCUAUAACGAUCGUAACCCUUCAAAGAAAAUGCCACUUGUGCUUUUCGAUGAUGCACUUAAACAUUUGUUACGUAUUUCUCGUAUUAUUCGUUAACCUCGUUCUAGUGGUUUACUAGUUGGUGUUGGUGGUUCUGGUAAAUAGAGUUUAACCCGUCUUGCUGGUUUUAUUGGAAAAAAUUUAAUAUAGCAAAUUAUUGUAACAAAAACUUAUUCUGAUAAAGAUCUUAAAGAAGAUAUCAAGAAAGGUUUUGAUGAUGCAGGUCACUUGGGUAAGUAAGUUACCUUCCUUAUGACUGAUUCAGAAGUAAAGAAAGAAGAAUUCUUAGAAUAUAUUAAUAUGGUCUUAUCUACCGGUGAAAUUCCAAACUUAUUAGCAAAGGAUGAACGUGAGGUAUGGCUCGGUGAUAUCAGUCAAGCUUAUUGCAAAGAAAAGAAUUUGGGUAACAUUGAUCCUCCUUAAUCUGAACUUUGGACUUAUUUCGUUGAUCGUGUUCGUGAUAACUUCCAUAUUAUGCUUUGUUUCUCUCCUGUUGGUCAGAAAUUCCGUGAAAGAGCUCGUAAAUUCCCUGCCCUUUUCAACGAAUGUACUAUUGAUUGGUUCCUUCCUUGGCCAGAAGAGGCUCUAGUAAGUGUCGCUGAAACAUUUAUCAAGAACUUUGACAAGUUAGACACUAAAGAAGAAACCAAGUAAGAACUUAUGAAGCACAUGGGUAAUGUCCAUUUGAUGGUUAAUGAAAUUUGUGAUGAAUAUUACCAAAAGAUGAGACGUUAAGUCUACGUUACACCUAAGUCCUUCUUGUCUUACUUAAAUUCAUACAAAACUCUUUACAUUGAAAAGUAUGAUGAACUUGAUUAGUAAGAAGAAUCAUUUAAGAUUGGUCUUAAUAAAAUUUAAGAAGCUACUAUAACUAUCAACUAGAUGGAAAUUUCCCUUAAAGAAGAAGAAAUUUAACUUAAUGAAGCUACUGAGAAAACCAAUUAACUCCUUGCCAAUCUUGAUAAGGAAAGUAAGAAAGCUAACUAAAAGGGAGAAGAAGUUGCAGCUACUAACAAGUAAUGUGAAAUUCAAGCUGAAUAAAUCUCUAAAGAAAAAGAAGAAGCUGAACGUGAACUUGAAGCUGCCCUUCCUGCUUUGCGUCGUGCUUAAGAAGCCGUCGACUCUAUUGAAUCAAAGGAUAUUGUUGAAUUGAAGGCUAACAAGAAACCUCUUGAUAUUAUUAAAUACAUCAUGGAUGCUGUACUUGUCUUUUUCAAGGCUCGUUUAAUUCCCAUUCAAAUCGAAGAGCGUGUUUUCAACAAAAAGGAAGGAAAGGCUGUUCUUUUCUUGAAAGAAUCUUAUGAUGAAUCUGGUAUUUAAACUCUUGGUGAUAUGAACUUUAUGAAAAAAUUAAAAGAAUUCGAAAAAGACUCAAUUAAUGAAGAAACUAUUGAACUUCUUGAACCUUAUCUUAAUCAAUCUGAAGAUUGGUUUAAUGAUACUUUUGCAACCAAGGCAUCUAAGGCUGCUGCUGGUAUCUUGAAAUGGGCUUUCGCUAUUUAUGAAUAUCACUAAAAAUCUAAGAUUGUUAAACCUAAGCGUAUUUAGGUGGCUAUUGCAGAAGGUAGACAAGCUAUUGCACUCAAAGAACUUGAGAAGGCUCGUGAAGAUCUAGCACAAAUUCAAGCCUAUAUUAAAAAUCUUAAAGAUGUCUACACUAAAUAAAUGGAAGAAAAGAAUGAACUUGAAAUGAAAGCUGCAAAGACCAAGAAGAAAAUCAAUACUGCUCGUACUUUGAUUACUUCUCUUUCAGGUGAAAAAGAUCGUUGGGGCAAAGGUGCUUAAGAUAUUUCUGAUCAAAAGCGUAAAUUAGUUGGUAACGUUUCUCUCUCAACUGCCUUUAUUAGUUAUUGUGGUCCUUUCAAUGCUGAAUAUCGUAACAAGCUUGCCCAAUAAAGAUUUGUUGUUGAUAUGAAGAAGCGUGGUGUUCCAGUCACACCUGGCCUUGAAUUAACUUCUUUCUUAAUUGAUGAUGCUACUAUUGGUGAAUGGAAUCUUCAAGGUCUUCCUAAGGAUGAUUUAUCUAUCCAAAAUGGUAUCAUGGUUACAAACUCUGCUCGUUAUCCUCUCUUCAUUGAUCCUCAAGGUCAAGGACAAAAUUGGAUUCGUAACAAGUUGUCUGCUUCAAUUAUCCCUGAACGUUGUAUCACUACUCUUUCUCAUCCCAAAUUUAAGGAUAUGUUCUUGAAGUACUGUAUGGAAAGUGGUUUAACUCUUAUUGUUGAAAAUAUCGAAAACGAAGUUGAUCCUAUGAUGGACCCUGUACUUGAAAGAUAAAUUAUUGUUAAAGGUAAAACUUAAUUCGUUAAUGUUGCAGGUACAGAAAUGGAACUUUCUAAGGAAUUCAAGCUAUUCAUGACUUGUCGUCUUGCAAAUCCUUCAUUCUCACCUGAACUUUCAGCAAAAACCACCAUUAUUGACUUUACAGUCACUCAAUCUGGUUUAGAAUAAUAACUUCUUGGUAAAGUUAUUUCUAAAGAAUAAAAGGCUCUUGAAGAUUCUCUUAACUAGUUACUAGCUGACGUAAACCAAAACCAAAAAGAUCUUCAACGUUUAGAUAAGAACUUGCUAGAACGUCUUAUUAAUUCUCAAGGUAAUCUUCUUGAUGAUACUGAGCUCAUGGAUGUGCUUAAUAAUACCAAGACUCAAGCUAAGGAAGUUGCAGCUAAACUUAUAGAUGCUGAAAUUAAAACAAAAGAAAUUAAUGAAAAGAGAGAACAAUAUCGUCCUGUUGCUAUUAGAGGUUCUGCUAUUUACUUCACAAUGAUUGAAGUUUCUUUGGUAAAUUGGAUGUACAAUUCAUCUCUUGAAUAAUUCUUAAAGCUUUUCAUUGAAUCAAUAGAUCUUUCUGAAAAAGCUCAACUCCCUUCCAACAGAGUUAAAAAUAUUAUUUCUUUCUUGACAUUCCACGUCUACAGAUAUGUUAAUCGUGGUCUUUUCGAAAAGGAUAAAAUUACUUUUAUUCUUAUGAUGGCUUUCAAGAUUCUUACAACUGCUGGUACUAUUUCAAGUGGUGAUGUCUCUCUCUUCCUCAAGUCUGGUGAUGCCCUUGAUAUUAAGUCUGAACGUUAGAAACAAAUAUCAUACCUUGAAGAUAAUUAAUGGCUUAACAUAUUGGCUCUCUCCAAGCACACUUUCUCAGGAUAAACACUUCCAUUCUUCAAAGAACUUCCUGAUCUUAUUUCUCGCUCUGAAAACUAAUGGCGUAAUUGGAUAGAUAAGAACGAUCCUGAAAAUUUCCCCAUUCCAGACUUUGCAGAAAGCAUUAACCAAGAAAAGGAAAUUGGUUCAUUCAUUUCACUUUGUCUCGUUCGUUCAUUAAGAAAUGAUCGUACUUUAAUUGCAACAUAAAACUUUAUUUCUAAUGUACUUGGUAAGGAAUUCACUGAUCCUAUUUCUUAUCCUAUUGAAGGUAUCUGGUAAGAAUCUUCUAAUAUGGAUCCUGUUCUUUUCUUACUUUCUGCUGGUGCUGAUCCCACUUCAUCAAUUGAUGAGUUAGCUAAGAAAAAGAAGAAAUUCCCUUGUGAAAAAGUUUCUAUGGGUGAAGGAUAAGAAAGAGUUGCUCGUUAAGUUAUCAUGAAAGGCUUCGUUGAAGGUGGUUGGGUUAUUCUCUAGAACUGUCAUCUUGGUCUCAAGUUUAUGGAAGAAAUUGAAACUUUAGUCUCACCUAUUAACUAAAUUCAUGAAGAUUUCCGUCUUUGGAUUACUUGUGAGUAGCAUCCUAAAUUCCCUCUUGGUCUUCUUUAAAAAACUCUCAAGGUUACUAAUGAACCUCCCAAAGGUCUUAAGGCUGGUCUUUACAAAACAUUUACUACCAUCAUUACUCAGGAAUUCAUAGAUAAGGUUGAUCACUCUAACUGGCGUUCUCUUAUCUUUACUAUUUGUUUCCUUCACUCAAUUGUCAUUGAAAGAAAGAAAUUCGGUCCUCUCGGUUGGUGUGUACCUUAUGAAUAUAACUACUCAGAUCUAGAAGCAUCUCUCUUAUAUAUUGAAAAGUAUCUCACUAACUUGAUGUCAACUCCUCAACCUAACUCUCAUAAUCUUCCUAUCUCAAUGAAUGUCGUUCGUUAUAUGAUUUGUGAAGUACAAUAUGGUGGUAGAAUUACUGAUGAUCUUGAUCGUGAAUUGUUUAUUACUUAUGGUGAAACUUAUCUCAAGGAUGGUAUUUUCGGUAAUGAUUACUUCUUCUACGAUAUUAUGGUUGAUGGUUCAGGUUAGAAGUUCAAAUACAGAAUUCCUCAAAACCCAUCUGCAGAACUUAUUAAGUAUUAAGAAUAUAUUGCUAAGGUUCCUACAGUUGAUAAUCCUGAAGUUUUUGGUCUUCACUCUAAUGCUGAUUUAACUUUCCGUCUCAAAGAAAGUAAGGAAAUGAUUAACACUGUUAUGGAAACUCGUCCCAAGGAUUCUUCAGUUGGUGGAGGUAAGACAAGAGAAGAAAUUGUCUAAGACAAAGCCAAAGAUAUGCUUAAGAACCUUCCUCCUGAUUAUAAUGAUGUUGAAGUAAGAGAACUUGUUUCUAAACUUGGUGGACCUAAUCCAAAGACAAGUACUGAAAGAGGUAUGACAGUUCCUCUCAAUAUUUUCUUGUAUCAAGAAGUUACCCGUAUGCAAAGAGUUAUUGGUUUAGUUAGAAAGACUCUUCAAGACACUAUUCUAGCUAUUGAUGGUUAAAUUAUUAUGACACCUGAAAUUCUUGAAGCUAUUAAUGCCAUUUAUGAUGCAAAGGUACCUAACUCAUGGUUAUAUGAUCCUUCUGGUGCUGAAAUUUCAUGGCUUCUUCCUAACCUUGGUUCAUGGAGUACAUCUUUGUCUGAUAGAAAUAAAUAACUCAAUGAUUGGUUGCGUAGUGGAUAGAGACCUAUAUUGUUCUGGUUGACAGGUUUCUUCAAUCCUCAAGGUUUCCUUACAGGUAUGAAGUAAGAAGUAACAAGAAACCACAAGAAAGGUGAUGGUAAAGGUGGUGAAGCUUGGUCACUUGAUGAUGUCGUCUAUUCAACUACAGUAAAAGAGAGAGAAAAAGAAAAAGAUAUUGAAUAGCCUCCAGCUGAAGGUGUCUACAUUAAAGGUCUCUAUCUCGAAGGUUGUAAAUGGAGUAAGAAUGGUCUUGAUGACAGUGAUCCUAAAAAGAUUUUCGCAGAUCUUCCUAUUCUUCACGUUAGUGCUAUAAAUAAGAAGAAAACCAACGAACAAGAUAGAAUGUCAAAUACAUAUCUCUGUCCAGUAUAUAAGUAUCCCAAGAGAACAGAUAAAUAUCUCAUUUUCAGAGUCGGUUUACCUUGUGAAGGUUCAAACAAUCCUUCCCAUUGGAAAUUAAGAGGUGUUGCUCUUCUUUGUUCAACUGAGUGA